AUGGGGAAAGGUCUGGAAAGCACGGCUGCCCGAUGCGGACUGGGACUGGGAUACUUACUGCAAACGUUCGUGUUACCUGCCCUGGCUAUCCUGAGCGCCAGCAGCACGGGCUCCGCAGCGCAAGAUGAUGAUUUUUUUCAUGAACUCCCAGAAACCUUUCCAUCUGAUCCUCCAGAGCCUCUGCCUCAUUUCCUCAUUGAGCCUGAAGAAGCUUACAUCGUAAAGAACAAACCUGUGAACUUGUACUGCAAAGCCAGCCCUGCCACCCAGAUCUAUUUCAAGUGCAACAGUGAAUGGGUUCAUCAGAAGGACCAUGUGGUGGAUGAGCGAGUAGAUGAAACUUCUGGUUUGAUUGUUCGGGAAGUGAGCAUUGAGAUUUCCCGUCAGCAGGUGGAAGAACUCUUUGGACCUGAAGAUUACUGGUGCCAGUGUGUCGCUUGGAGCUCUGCCGGCACUACUAAGAGUCGAAAGGCCUAUGUUCGCAUUGCAUAUCUCCGGAAGACUUUUGAACAGGAGCCCCUAGGGAAAGAAGUGUCUUUGGAACAGGAAGUCCUGCUCCAGUGCCGUCCACCUGAAGGCAUCCCAGUAGCUGAGGUGGAGUGGUUGAAAAAUGAAGAGGUGAUUGAUCCCGUCGAAGAUCGGAAUUUUUACAUCACCAUUGAUCACAACCUGAUCAUCAAGCAGGCACGUCUUUCUGACACAGCUAAUUACACCUGUGUCGCCAAAAACAUCGUCGCCAAGAGGAAAAGCACUACUGCCACUGUAAUUGUCUAUGUCAAUGGCGGCUGGUCUACCUGGACUGAGUGGUCAGUGUGUAAUGGUCGCUGUGGAAGAGGCUAUCAGAAGCGCACAAGGACCUGCACCAACCCUGCCCCACUCAAUGGUGGUGCCUUUUGUGAGGGCCAAAGUGUCCAAAAAAUAACUUGCACCACCCUGUGUCCAGUGGAUGGUAGAUGGACAGCGUGGAGUAAGUGGUCUACCUGUGGAACAGAGUGUACCCAUUGGCGCAGGAGGGAAUGCACAGCGCCAGCACCGAAGAAUGGCGGGAAAGAUUGUGAGGGUCUCGUUCUGCAGUCCAAGAACUGCACAGAUGGGCUGUGUAUGCAGACUGCUCCUGACUCAGAUGACGUAGCUCUCUAUGUUGGCAUUGUGAUAGCUGUAAUCGUGUGCCUAGCUAUUUCAGUGAUUGUGGCACUGUUCGUGUAUCGGAAGAACCACCGUGACUUUGAGUCAGAUAUUAUAGACUCCUCGGCACUGAAUGGCGGAUUCCAACCCGUUAACAUCAAGGCUGCAAGACAAGAUCUCCUGGCAGUGCCACCAGACCUCACAUCUGCUGCAGCCAUGUACAGAGGUCCUGUCUACGCCUUGCAUGAUGUCUCUGAUAAAAUCCCAAUGACCAACUCUCCAAUCCUUGAUCCACUGCCCAACCUGAAGAUCAAGGUCUAUAGUACCUCGGGUGCAGUCACCCCACAGGACGACCUGUCCGACUUCUCAUCCAAGUUAUCCCCACAGAUAACUCAGUCUCUGCUGGAAAACGAGACCCUGAACAUGAAAAACCAGAGUCUUGCUCGACAAACAGACCCAUCAUGCACUGCUUUUGGCACCUUCAACUCCCUUGGAGGUCACCUGAUCAUUCCCAAUUCAGGCGUAAGUUUGCUGAUCCCUGCAGGGGCUGUUCCCCAGGGAAGAGUAUAUGAAAUGUAUUUGACAGUUCACAGGAAGGAGAACAUGAGGCCACCAGUGGAAGACAGUCAAACCCUUUUGACCCCCGUGGUGAGCUGUGGGCCUCCAGGAGCGUUGCUGACACGGCCUGUCAUUCUAACUAUGCACCAUUGCGCAGAGCCAAACACAGAGGACUGGAAGAUCCAGCUGAAGAACCAAGCAGCCCAGGGACAGUGGGAGGACGUGGUGAUGGUUGGAGAGGAGAACUUCACCACUCCAUGCUACAUCCAGCUAGACCCAGAAUCCUGCCAUAUCCUGACAGAAACACUUAGCACCUACGCCCUGGUGGGACAGUCAACCACCAAAGCAGCAGCAAAACGUCUCAAGCUGGCCAUCUUCGGGCCGCUCUCCUGCUCAUCGCUGGAAUACAGCAUCCGAGUCUACUGCUUGGAUGACACUCAGGAUGCCCUUAAGGAAGUUCUACAGCUGGAGAGGCAGAUGGGAGGACAGUUACUGGAAGAACCAAAGGCUCUGCAUUUUAAGGGAAGCACCCAUAACCUCCGUCUGUCCAUUCAUGACAUUGCCCAUUCUCUCUGGAAGAGCAAAUUGCUGGCUAAAUACCAGGAAAUACCCUUUUACCACAUCUGGAGCGGGUGUCAGAGAAAUCUACAUUGUACCUUCACCCUGGAAAGGUUCAGCCUGAGCACGCUGGAGCUGGUUUGUAAACUCUGCGUACGGCAGGUCGAAGGAGAAGGACAGAUCUUCCAACUCAACUGUACGGUGUCAGAGGAACCUACUGGCAUUGAUUAUCCUCUCAUGGAUUCAGCAAGUACCAUCACCACCAUAGUGGGACCGAGCGCUUUCAGUAUUCCUUUGCCCAUCAGACAAAAGCUCUGCAGCAGCCUUGAUGCCCCACAGACCAGGGGCCAUGACUGGAGGAUGUUGGCCCACAAACUGAAAUUGGACAGGUACCUAAAUUAUUUUGCUACAAAAUCGAGUCCUACUGGCGUGAUCCUAGAUCUUUGGGAAGCCCAGAAUUUUCCUGAUGGCAACCUGAGCAUGUUGGCGGCAGUCCUCGAAGAAAUGGGAAGACACGAGACAGUUGUUUCUUUGGCGGCAGAAGGAAAAUAUUGA